CCCGAAAGCUCGCGUUCGCUCCGAGGCGGCGCGCGCUGUUGGUCCUCGCUGGCUCCGUUUACCUGAGGGACCCACGGCCGCCCCGGGCCGGCGCUGCAGCCCCCUUGGAGCCCGGCCCCGAGGUGUGAGUUCGUUGUUGGUGUAUGGGAACACAACUGAUUUUUGUAUAUUGAUUUUGUAUCCUACAACUUUACGGAACUCAUCAAAGACUUUAGUAUCAAGACUACAAUAUUUUGAGAGGAAAUUACUGAUAUUUCCCAUUAAAAAAAGUACUUUUCAGAUAUUUCAAUCAAAGGAAGAAAUAGCUCUUCUCCUAAGAUGGAAUCUAUUGUUUGGGAAUGUGGUUGAUCAGCUUGAUAUGUUGGCCAAAUGUGCCCUAUGUAAUAAAAUGAAAAGAAGAGACAAGAUGAUGUCAUUUUCCCGUAUUGUGAAACCAAAAACAAAUGCCUUUUGUGAGACCAAGCUAACAAACCUCUGACGGUGCAAAGAGUAUUUAACUGUUUGAAGAACUUAACAGUAAGAUAUAGAAGAAAUACUUUCAAGCUGAGACCUGCAGGUGUAUAAAGAUCUAAAAUACAUAUUGAGUAGGCCUGAUCAUCCAAAUCUCAUUCAGAUCCAGGAAGGAUGGCUAUGAGUUGGAUCGUCUUCUACUUUUGGCCCUUGACUAUGUUUGUGGGACAUAUAGGUGGGCACAGUUUGUUUUCUUGUGAACCUAUUACCUUGAGGAUGUGCCAAGAUUUGCCUUAUAAUACUACCUUCAUGCCUAAUCUUCUGAAUCACUAUGACCAACAGACAGCAGCUUUAGCAAUGGAGCCAUUCCACCCAAUGGUGAAUCUGGAUUGUUCUCGGGAUUUUCGGCCAUUUCUUUGUGCACUCUAUGCUCCUAUUUGUAUGGAAUAUGGACGUGUCACACUUCCCUGUCGUAGGCUGUGUCAGCGGGCUUACAGUGAGUGUUCGGAGCUCAUGGAGAUGUUUGGUGUUCCUUGGCCUGAAGAUAUGGAAUGCAGUAGGUUCCCAGAUUGUGAUGAGCCAUAUCCUCGACUUGUGGAUCUGAAUUUAGCUGGUGACCCUACUGAAGGAGCUCCAGUGGCAGUGCAGAGGGACUAUGGUUUUUGGUGUCCUCGAGAGUUGAAAAUUGAUCCAGAUCUUGGUUAUUCUUUUUUACACGUGCGUGAUUGUUCACCUCCUUGUCCAAAUAUGUACUUUAGGAGAGAAGAACUUUCAUUCGCUCGAUACUUCAUAGGAUUGAUUUCAAUCAUUUGCCUCUCUGCCACGUUGUUUACUUUUUUAACUUUUUUGAUUGAUGUCACAAGAUUCCGUUAUCCUGAAAGACCUAUUAUAUUUUAUGCUGUCUGCUACAUGAUGGUAUCAUUAAUUUUCUUCAUUGGGUUUUUGCUUGAGGACCGAGUAGCCUGCAAUGCAUCUAGCCCUGCACAGUAUAAGGCUUCCACAGUGACACAAGGAUCUCAUAAUAAAGCCUGUACCAUGCUUUUUAUGGUACUCUAUUUUUUUACUAUGGCUGGCAGUGUUUGGUGGGUAAUUCUUACCAUCACAUGGUUCUUGGCAGCUGUGCCAAAGUGGGGUAGUGAAGCUAUUGAGAAGAAAGCAUUGCUAUUUCACGCCAGUGCAUGGGGCAUCCCUGGAACUCUAACCAUCAUCCUUUUAGCGAUGAAUAAAAUUGAAGGUGACAAUAUCAGUGGCGUGUGUUUUGUUGGCCUCUACGAUGUUGAUGCAUUGAGAUAUUUUGUUCUUGCUCCCCUCUGCCUGUAUGUGGUAGUUGGAGUUUCUCUCCUCUUAGCUGGCAUUAUAUCCCUAAACAGAGUUCGAAUUGAAAUUCCAUUAGAAAAGGAGAACCAAGAUAAGUUGGUGAAGUUUAUGAUCCGGAUUGGUGUUUUCAGCAUUCUUUAUCUCGUACCACUCUUGGUUGUAAUUGGAUGCUACUUUUAUGAACAAGCUUACCGUGGCAUCUGGGAAACAACAUGGAUACAAGAACGCUGCAGAGAAUAUCACAUUCCAUGUCCAUAUCAGGUUACUCAAAUGAGUCGUCCAGACCUGAUUCUCUUUCUGAUGAAAUACCUGAUGGCUCUCAUAGUUGGUAUUCCCUCCAUUUUUUGGGUUGGAAGCAAAAAGACAUGCUUUGAAUGGGCCAGUUUUUUUCAUGGUCGUAGGAAAAAAGAGAUAGUGAAUGAGAGCCGACAGGUACUACAGGAACCUGAUUUUGCUCAGUCUCUUCUGAGGGAUCCUAAUACUCCUAUUAUAAGAAAAUCAAGAGGAACUUCCACUCAAGGAACAUCCACACAUGCUUCUUCAACUCAGCUUGCUAUGGUGGAUGAUCAGAGAAGCAAAGCAGGGAGUGUCCACAGCAAAGUAAGCAGCUACCACGGCAGUCUCCACAGAUCCCGUGAUGGCAGGUACACUCCCUGCAGUUACAGAGGAAUGGAAGAGAGACUACCUCACGGCAGCAUGUCACGACUGACGGAUCACUCGAGGCACAGUAGCUCUCAUCGGCUCAAUGAACAGUCCCGACAUAGCAGCAUCAGAGACCUCAGUAAUAAUCCCAUGACUCACAUCACCCACGGUACCAGCAUGAAUCGGGUUAUUGAAGAAGAUGGAACCAGUGCUUAAAUUGUCCGAAGGUGGAAAACUUGCGCUAUUUAAAAAGCAGAUUUUAUUCUUUGCCUUUGCAUGACUGAUUGCUGUAACUCACUGUUAUCAUGCUUUCAGUCAGGUGCAGAUUGUGUCCAUUGGAAAAGUAAACUUUUGCUUUUUAUAUUGCAUCAAACUUGGAACAUCAAGGCAUCAAAAAUGCUAAUAAUUAUAUCAUCACAUAAAUAAUUCUUAUUUCUAGGUUAUGAAGAGAUAAUUAUUUGUCUGGUAAGCAUUUUUAUAAACCCACUUAUUUUAUAUUUAGAAAAACCCUAAAUGUGUGGUGACUGCUUUGUAGUGAACUUUCAUAUGAUAUCAACUAGUUGUGAGAUAACAUUCUGGUAGUUGUAUUAAUAAAACAAAAUUUCAGAAUUAAGGAAAUUUUCUAUGCAAGGCUUAUUUCUCAAAUGAAUAGUUGGACUUUGUAGUUUUCUUUCCACUAAGUGAAGAAGAACUAUGUUUUUAAACUGUCAGAGAAUUUGAUAAAUCAGCAAGGGUAUUUUAGCUAAUAGGAUAUAAGAUCAGUGGAAGAAUCUGAAUAGUCUACUGAAUGCUCUUUAAAAAUUCUGUCAAAAUAAUCUUCAUCCAGAGACAUACAGGAUUAGGUUUCACAAUGGAAUAAAAGGUGGAGAUGGACAUUUUUUCUCUAUAAUUGUGCUCUUUAUUGCUUUUGUAAAUAUUACUUUUACUGGCUAUGUUUUUAUAACUUAACCAUAUGCAUGGUGGAAGUUUAAUUUGUAGUCAUCUUUUCCCAUGUAGUAGUAUUGAUUCACAGAGAACUUCAUGUUCAGAUCUGUUCCAUGGAGGCAUGUAAUAAGAUAAACAUCACACAUUAUAAACAUUUUUGUGGGAAUCACAAUUACAAAAUGGCAAAAUGUUUUCUCUAUAUUCUUUGUUGUAUUUUUCUACAGUGAGAUGUGAUCUUGCCAAAGCCACCAGAUCUUGGUACCCAGGCCCCUCCUAUCAGUGACUUGAUUGUCUGCAUUUGCAUUGCCCAGUAGCCAUUAGGCUACAGCUUUUUGCCCCACGUUCUUGUUUUCAGAUUCUGGGUUGUUUUUUUUUUACAGUUGAAAUAUAUAUAACCUAAGUCCAAAGUGGUGAUUGAGGUAUUUGAAAAUCAUUGUAACUAAAUGAAGCAUGAUUAGUCUUGCUGUGAAGUAUAAUAUUUUAGUCUUACCAAUAUCAAUUCAAAAAUGUUUGACAUUUUGUCAUGUACUGUUUAAACCAAUUUACGAUAAAAACUACAAACUUUAUUAGGCAUGAAAUUGCUUAGAAGGGAAAGAAAAAUUGUGGAAAAUGCUGGAUGUGUUUUAUAGAAAAGCGUAUUUAAACAAGUGGUCCUCAGCCCUGACUAUAGAUAAGAAUCACUUGCAGAACCUCUGAUGCUCACCACCUUCCUCUUAUUCAGAGGAGAAUUAGUAGUUUUUUUUAAAAAGCUUUCUAGGUGAUUCUAAUCUGCAGCCGGGCUGCAGGCUGUUUCAAAUAUGAUAAUGAGCUGAUGGCAUCAUAUUAUAUCACAUAAAUAUCUAGCUGGACUGUGUUGUGCUUUUGUAUCAUUAUCUGAUAUACAUCUGUUCUUCGUUUUAUUGUCCAUUAUAAAUGUGGAAUUUGGGGCCCCACCCCUAAAGAUUCAUAUUCAGUAAGUAAAGUCAAAUUUUAAAGUCUGUAGUUCUAAAAAUACUACAGGUGAUUCUUAAUGCAGGUAAUCCAAGAAUCACACUUUGGAAAAUAUUCCAAGACUCUAGAGAGGCCUGGCUUUGUCAUAUGCCAGUUUUGUCACCUUUAACAAGUAAACUUCUCUGAGCCUCAGUUCCCUUGUUUAUAAAAGAAGAUAGAAAAUAAGUACCUACCUCACAAAGUUGUCAAAUGGGGAUCACAUGAAAAAAUCAUAUGAAAGCUUUCUGAAAACUGUAAAGCAUUAUGGAAUAUAAGGGGUUAAUAUUAUUAAGGAUUUAAGAGAUUUGUUUGAGGGCUACUGUAGUACAUUCCUUGACAUGUGUUUAAUUCAUGUGUACUUUUUUCUCUCCUUUAAAAUAAAAAAUACCAAGAAAUUAGGUUUUGAAAAAAAGCCUUUCAUCAAGUACAAAAAUCAGUUUUCUGAUAAUUUGUAUAUCAUGUUUUUUCAAAAUACAUAUAUCUUAUUGUUUAUGAUUUGCUCUUUAUAGAAAAUAUUUGAACAUUUAGCCCCAAAGCAUUUUUCUUUUUCCUCUGUCUUCAUCUUCUUUCUCCUUGGAACUGGAGUUAGUGCUGGAUAGGCAGAAUCUAAAUUCCCUCAUAACUGACAAUUAGUAAACCUUUCCUCUGAAGGCCAAAUUUACAACAACUCAUUUAUACAGUAACUUAGUAAUUCAUAAGGCUUUUUUUCUGAGAAUCUCCCCUGAGAACAGCAUGAGAGGACCAAAACAAACAUUCAGAAACAAAAAUAAGAAGUUAAAAUAGAAGGUACCAGUUUGAGCUCAAAGAUGUCAUCCAUCGCCAUCUGCAUUAUAUUAUCAAUUGCCAAAAUGUUAAUUGAUUUUCUUGUAUAAGUAGGCCAAGUGUAGACAGUUAUGAAAAUCUUAACUUUGUACUCCCUGUUUUUUAUAUAUGCAUUUUACCUUUUUUGUUAAACUCACUGUCAGCAUAUAUGUAAAUGCUAUGUUGAUAUUUCAGUUACUUUAAGUAUCUUAAUUUUGCUCCACAAAAUUUAUUUAAUAUCAUCAGUGCAUUGUUUUAGAUAACAGUAUUUAGUUUGGGUCAUGUUAUUCAUCAAACUGGUGCUUUAAAUUAAGAAUUUUUUUUAAGAAACAGCUAAAGAACUAUGGCAAACCGGCAAUUUCAAAGUCUCAGUUCCCUUAAACCAACUUGAACAAGUUGGGACAGCUUUCUUACCAUCUGUUUAACUUUAAUUUGUGUUUUGAUUGGCAUGUGAUAAUGUUUAGUAUUUUAUUUAUACAGCUGGCAACUGAGAAAAUAAUAGUUCUCUCUAAAAUGUUAAUAUAUAAUCAAGAGGCUUUCAAAAAGUACUUUGAUUUCACCAAUACUGUUUAAUUUGUUCAAUAAUUAAAGCAAAAGAUAAUAUUAAGCUCAAAACAAUAAUUGGUUUCAAAGAAGAAUUGAUUAAUAACUACAAAGUGCUUAGUAUAUAGUAGGUUUUUCAAUAUUUAUGAAUGAACAACACAUGUCAUAAAACUCACUUUUAGCCUUAGUAGUGAGAUUCUCACCUCAAAGGAAUUUGAAGGAUCUAAAUUUAAAUUGAGUGAAAUGAAGUCUCUCCUUUACCAGAAUAACAUGUGGCAAGUAAUAAAUACGUAACUUGCACAAGAAAUAUAUACACAAACUUGUACCAAUACUUUAUUAAUUUUAAAAGGUGAAUAGCAAUUCUUAGAAGUAUUUAAGCUCUUGUUGGUUUUAUGUUGUUAGAUCUUUGUAUACCAGUUGGGUAAAUGAACAUUCAAGCAAACCUUUAUUAGUAAUGAUUUUCAGCUUCUUAGAGCAAAUGUAUGAAAAUUCUAAGAAUCUCUUUAAUUUAGAAAAAAUUUACUACAUUUUAGCCUACCUCAUUAGUUUCUUUGUGAUAAGAGCUGGAUAUAACAAGUUGUAACUAUCUUGGUUGAGGCUAUAUCCCUGUGAUAUAAAAGGAACUACUUAAAAAUUUUUUUUAGUGGAUCGUUGGCCAGAGCUUAGAAAACAGUAACAUACCAAAAUUUAAUUAUGAUGAUAUUUAUACUGCUUUUGACAUGCCAAAGCUAUAUUUACAUAUUAUCACUUGGAUGACUUACAUAGUCUAGUGCAGUGAAAAUUCCAUUAGGCUUGGAAUUCAAAGACCCAUAAUUAUGAUGUGAGCUGGACAGGUCAUUUAGUCUCCCAUUUCUUCAGUAUAAAAUGAGGAUAAGGUAAUUUUUGGUCCCAAAACCUACCUCACUGGACUUUGGUUGUAAGGAUCAAAUGAGAUAACAUGUGUUAUCGUGCUCUGUAACCUUUAAAUUGCUCUACGGAUAUUAUUUGUUUUUGUUAGAACUUGGGGGUUAUAGAAAACAAGGAUAUAUGGUCUUCAGUAGUAUUUAGCAGCAACAACAAAGUAGGCCAUUAGACCAGUAUUCGUUUGGUAUAAUCUUUGAGUCAACAAUUCAGUUAACCUUUUAAAAAUGAGGUUCUUUUUCAAGAGUAGCUGUGCCCUUAAACUGUGUUUGCUGUUUAAUAUAUGUAUACCCCAGAGCAUGAUUUCAAAUUUAUACAGUUAAAUUUGUAGGUCACUCUCAACAGAAAUUUGGGGAUCUCCAUUAUAUUUUUCUUUUGAUAUGGAGUUAUAUAAAUUGACUCCAUUGAAACUUAUAAGAAAAAUAUAUAUAAACAGUAUAGACCCUAUAACUUUUUUUCCUUUGAGGACUUUCAUGUGCCUAACUCUUUCUGAUUAAGAACAAAUUUUAAAAAGUUAAUAACCAUAACUUAAUAUUCAUCAUGGCAAAACUUUAAAUUUUAAGUUGUAACAUUAUCUUAAUUGUAUGUUUGUAUAUAUAAUUUUUUAAACCUACAUAAAGUAAGGAUUUUGCCAUUCUUUUCCACACAUCAACACACAAAAGAGCAUUUUUAUGGAACCUGGAUUUACAAAGGAAUUCAUGAUUCUUCUAAACUUCUUUUAUGUCUUUUCAGAUUAAAAUAAAAAAUGUUCGUAUUCAAUUCAUUUGUUUCCCAGUAGCCGCAUUUAUACAUUAUUCUUAUGUCAUUUCUGUUUUAUAUGAAAGGAAUUACAUUGACAUCUCUUCAUAAUUUAGUUUUUUUUGUUCCAGUGAUAUGAGAGGGAAAGAAAUAGGACUAAGCAACCUUACCCUUCAUCUGACUGUACACAGUCUCCUGGGAUUUUUUUCUAGUUUAAUUUUAACCCAAAUUUCUUUAAUAGUCAAACUGACAUAGGAGUAUAAUUUUCUCCCAAGAUCCAAAAUCUUCUAGGAAAGAAAAUGUUACGGUCCACCUAAAACCAGCUAUUUCUUAGACAUUUCCAUUUGGUUGAUUUGCAGAGAUUUAAUAUAAUAAGUUAAUAAGCAUAGUACCUAUUCCAUGAUCUCUAAUUAGAAAAUAAAAUUUUGUUGCCAUAAAGAUAAAAGAAAGUAAAGUGUCACUUAUAUUUAGUCAAAUCCCACACCGGUACAUUACUUACUACAAAAGAGAGUAGUUCAGUCUUUUUAAAUGCAUUAAAGAAUAGUUCCCUUCAGAUUAUCUUUUUUAAAUGAUCAUUUAUCUCAGGAAAUCUAUUGUGUCCUUUCUUGGACAUCUUCAUUGGUAUGCUAGCAUUGCUUUUAAUUUAUUCUCAUUUUAUUGGCUACUGUCACCAGUUUUCCCUGAUAAGUAAGUUUUUUACUUUGUAAUAAUUCAGAAUUUGAAGAUUCAGUGUUCUAUUAUUGUGGUAAUUACCAUUUACUAGUAACUUUAGUAUUUAUAAGACAGUGAUAUUUUUAAGUUUGUUAUUUUAUCAUAUUUCCUGAAGUAGGGUGAACUACUUUAUUGUUGUUGUUGUAGCAGCCCUAAGGUUUUUCUUAUAUAAUAAGUCAGCUUGUGUAUAUUGCUAACUUGCAAAUAUUUCUUUGUGUUGUGCUUAUUGACUUAAAAGAAAAACUUUAGAGCUUCAUAAUUUCUGUUUUCUGAAUUGGCAGAUUUCUUUCCCUAAUGCUUAGUAGAAAUGCAUUAUGUUAUUUUUUAAAUACCAUAGAAUUUUGAGUCAGGAGACCUGAUUUCUAGUAUUGCCUCUGUUUUCAAUGAGCUUUGUAACUUUGAAAUUUUACCUCUUGGGACCUCAGGUUUUCUUAGAUUAGGUAGUGUUUCAAAUUCCACCUGCCUGUAAUUUGGUUGUCCCUUACCAUUUUGUAGUCAUUAUUCUGGCUUACUUUUAUAAAGGUUAAAGAAAUAAAAGUGAAAGAAAGGUUACAAAUAAUUGACAUGACCUUUUUUUUUUCCCAUAGGAAAAGUCUCCUAAAGCACCAACAUAAGCACCUUAAAACUGAUAUACAGGAGAAAAAUGACAUAAAAUUUUGUGGUCUUUGUUCUCUUAAAUAUGAAUGUAGCUAGUUAGCCUAAACUUUAAACAAAAUGUAUUCAUGAUAAAAUUAGUGAACAAAGCAGUGACAGCGCUGGCCCAUAUAGCUAAUUAAAAAGCUCUCAGGUUUUACCAACAUUAAAAUGAUUUUAAAAUGUAAAAGUAAUUUCAGAGGAGUGGAUUGAAAUUUUUCUGCUCAAUACUUAUUCUUACAAAAUGUUCUUAGAUUCAUUGAAUAAGUAUAGUUGCCAGAUUGCCAUGAGCAAUGUCCUGCUCUAAAAUAUUAGAGAUAGAUGUGGUUAUUUUUAAUUUUUUUUCUGGCUGUGCAGAAGAUGUUUUCAUAAAGCCUUCUUAACUAUCUAAUAAGAUGUCAAGAUUCUGUUAGCACCAUCUCUCAGCAGAGUUCUAUUGUACAGUUGUGUUCUCUGAGAACCAGGCCAAGGAGGUUCCUGUUACUUUUAAAGAUCUUUGUCUUUUGCUGAUUAUCUGCAUUAGCUUAGAUCAACCUAUGGAACACAUUGGUCUAUAGAUAUAUAAUCAAGGUACUGGGUUUGGUGUCUGAUGGGUAGAGAAGAAUAAUGGAAAGUUGAUGUAGGAAAAUGUACUGGUUUCUGGUGUGUUCUUUGGCUAUAUGCAUGAUUCCUUGUCUUUGGUCAGUUCUCUGUAUCGGAUAAAUUUCUGGCUUCCAGAAAUUAAAUUAGAUGACCAGGUUCUCUCAUUCAGGCAUAGCUAUGUUACAAUAUUAUUUUGUAAUUGCCUGUAAAGAAAAAAAAACAAACCUAUUUUCAGUUCUCUGGCUCUGCAUGUUUUGUUACUACAUUUGUUAAACUUGAAUCUGAGGUCCCAACAUUUCAUUGAAGAUUUUCUGGGUUUUGAUAAUGGGAGCUUCUGUAAGAUAAAGCAGAUAAUCCUAGUGUGAUUUAAUUUAUAUUUAUCCAUCCACCAUUUUUCUAUUUCUCUAACUACUUCUCCCCUCCCCAGUUUUGAAAAGAACAUUUAUAAUUGUCUUCCUUUACUCCCUUAGCCCUACCUCAGAUAAUUUUUCCCUGAACUACUCCAGUCGGCAGAAACAUUUAAUAAGAAAUAAUUCUAUAUUUCUGGGAUGAGAUCAACACAGAAGUUCUUUACAUUGAACUGAGAUGAAUAUGUACUUGAAAAUACUGUAUUUUCUUUAUAUGUGAACUUAAAAUUAUUUUUUUUUAAUCAUGAAAAGGAGUCUCUCAUUUUGAAAAUAUUAGUCUGGAAGUUCUCUUGUCAUCAGGUGCUAUUUCGGCCUUUGCUGUGAGUUAUCAGAGUAAAUCUGAAUUCUUUAUCAUUCAUCUUUUUAAAAAAAUUAACUUCUCUAGAAUUAUUCCAUUUCACAUAUCUUUAACACCAACUUCAACUUUUCUGCUUUUUUUUCAAAUGCAAAAUUUUAUUUUUGAGAGUUUUAUUUUUUCAUUGAAGUUUCAAAGUAUUACAUAUUGUGAAGGAGUGACUGCAGUUUAGACAUUUACUUUGGUUAUGAUAAAGCUAUUACCACCACCAUUGCUUUCCCCAGCCCCAAAAAGAGAAGUUCAUUUGACACUCAAAAGCUAUUAAAUUGUCUUAUUUUUGUUAUUUGAAAGAGCUAUGGAAACUUUCUUCUAAUUUAAAAAUUGUUUAACUUAGAAAAUACUGCCUUUGCUGUAUUUUAAUCUGAUAGUGAAUUUAGGGGAUUAUUUAUAUAAAUAUAUGUGUCUAUAAUUAAUAAUAGCUAUUAGUUAUUUCACUUUCUAUAAUAUGUGAUACCUGAGCUCACAUUUACUUAAUAUGAGCUUUGUGUGUGUGUGUGUGUGUGUGUGUGAGCCUUUGUUUUGUCUUGUUUUCUUAGUGUAUAUUAUGUUAUCAUGGUCAUCUCAGCAGAAAACCCUUUGCAGAUGGCCUGACUCUCAGAAAAAAACAGUUUAAGGAGAUUUAUAUUAUGUCAUCAUAGUUGGAUAGUAUUAUUCUGAACUCUGUAAAAUUGCUGGUUUUGUUUGUCAAAAGUGAUCAAAUGUUUGCAAUUUCAUAAUACAUAUUCAAGAAAGAAGCAAACAAAAGAUCUUUUAGAACAAGUAUGUUGACUUCCCAUUCCAACUCCUCUUAUCAACCUAUCAGUGACUUUAUGAAGGAGAUGCAAACCGUAGAUAACCAUAGGUCUAUCAGGAAAAUUCUGCUUUGUUUUGUAGUUAAAUUGCUUAAAGAUAUUUAAACAAAACAAUCAUAGUAAUUGAAGCAAAUACCUUUUGGGAAUAUGCAAGUUACAUAAAAACUUUCAGAUCCCAGGAGAUUAUCAUAUAUCAAUUGAUUAGUCUGUAAAUACCAUUUAGAGGCAAAAUAAGUACCCCCCCACACAUACACAAUGUGUACAAUGAACUCAAAUUUUGCUAGCCAUAGAAUUUUACCUUCUUGGUAGGCCUUCUAAAAUAAUGAAUACUAUUGAAUAUACUAAAAGUAUAUGAGUUUAAAAAUGCAUGUAAAAAAUACGAAGCUCCUCCACAGGAAAUUCUGAAUUUUAGAAGAGCUAUUAUCUUAGAGGUUGUAAAUUGGAUUGUUCUAAGCUCACACUACUUCUCUUCAUAUAAAUAUUAUUAUUAUGAAUAAUAAGGGCAACAGAUUAGCCAACAAGAGCUGAUCUAGUGUACUCCAUAUUAAUCUAGAUGUCUCAGUUUUAGAUAUACUUUUAUAGUGGAGAAAGUUGAUUUGUAUCUCUCAAUAACCGCUUGGUACACUUCUUUCUAGUGAUACCCUGAGCCGUGCCCAGGUACAUACUCUCUCCAUAUGGCCUAUUCCUCAAAUGCUACAUUGCUCAAGACCUUCCUACCUGCCUUCUAUCCCUAGUCUUCCUUAUCAAUACUUCUGAAGUAUAAUCUAUCUUCAAGUGUUAAGAAGAAGGAAAUUUGUUUUAAUUCAUGUUCAAGUGUUAGUGACCAUAGCCAUUUUAUCCCUCUUAAAGAUAAAUCUGCAUUAAAGACAAACACAUUGCUAUUAACACAAAUUGCUAUCAAUUAGAAUAUUAAGCUUUUGAGGCAAGAAAUACCAUUAAGUGACCUAACUUUGGAGUAUCUUUCUCUUUCCCUGAACCCAUGUGAUGUUGAAAGUGCUGUAUAUCUUCAGUGACCUUGAGGAGGGGAGCUAGUCAUUUAGAUCUUUGGGUCACUGAAGUCAGGGCCUUGCUGAUCCUCUGUUUUUCAGUUCAAGAGCUACAUCAGAAGCAUUUUAGAUAUCCAUCACCCACACUCUUUUAAGACUUUGUAUUUCAGUCUCAGUUUUUUCUACCAUCCAGCUAGACCUAUCUAUCUUCCAUCUCUGCUCAUUUAGUAUAGAAAAAUAUCUCUCUUCAUUUUACUAUUAUCAACAUGACCACCACCUUCUCCUCUUUUCAAGAGAUACAAAGGUAGAAACAAUAUGUCUUUUUCAUUACUUAAAAAAACUAUCAUUUUUAAACACCUGGCACUUGGCAAUUUAGUUUUCAAAUGGUAUUCUGAAUUAAAUUGAUAAGGUGAUUCUAAAAUUAAUUCUAAAAUCUUAAUCUUGCUUUUAUCAUAUAAGCAUCUAGUUAGAAAGUGUUUAUGCUAAAGACUUGUAUUUUGUGGCAUUAGUUCUUCAUGUUUCUUUUUUAUGUAUUUAAAAUCGUUCAUUCAUUUCCGAGUGAGUGGGAAAGUUACUGUUGUUGAGAUAUGUAUAGGGCAAGUGCACUUGAUUAGAGCAUGAACUGUACUUUCACAUUAGCUGGAUGUGCUUUGCACUCUGCUCUUGUAGAUUUAUUUUGUUUACAGUAGACUGAUGUCAGUUUUUGUAAAUGUUUUUACUUAGCACUUUAACUGUGAGUGUACAAACUGAUUUUAAAUGUAGUGGUUGUAUAUUUUGGUUAUAAAUUGGAAAUUUUUAAUAAAAUUAAAUAAUUUGUUCUC